AUGGCGUCUCUUCUCGUUCCUGUCGGAAGCAUCUUCUCAAAGUCUUCCCUUGGCUUGUUGUUGGGCACCAUUGCCAUUUACUGGAUUCUUUGGAUUGUAUAUGCUCGAAAUUUUCACCCCCUCAGUAAAAUUCCGGGGCCAUGGCUUGCAUCAGUGAGUCGUCUGUGGUACAUGAUCCAGAUUGCUCGAGGCGAUAUGGAACACACCCAGAGACGUCUCCAUGCACAAUUCGGGCCACUCGUCAGGAUUGCUCCCAAUGAGAUCGCUUGCGCUUCCCCCGAUGCCAUCAAGAGCAUCUAUCGAACCCAAGGAGCUUUGGAUAAAACCGAUUUCUACACUGUCUGGAACAGUGAGAAUUUCAGCAAACAUCGAGACGCCUUCACAGUCACAAGUGACAAAGCACAUGGAGAAAGGAGGCGCAUUGUCAAUCAUUGUUACACUUUGUCGAACGUGUUGAAGUCGGAGGAAUACAUCGACCUGUGCUCUCAAUUAUUCCUCCAACGGCUGGGUGACUGCGCGAAGAGUGCCACGCCGAUGGACUUGGGCAAAUGGGUACAAAUGUACGCUUUCGAUGUGAUUGGUGAACUUUACUUUGGUCGAAUGUUCGGAUUCAUGGAACAUUGCCACGACCAUGAAUCUUGGAUCCAUUCGCUGGACUUGCUGAUGCCAUUCUUAUGCAUGACAGCCGUGGCUCCAACAUACAUCCGGCCGUUGAUCCUUGGUUCAGCCCUCGUGGUUCCAGGGUCUCUGAAGGCUUUGAAGGCCGUUGAAAAUAUCGGCAAGGCGUCCAGAAAUUGCGUGGCUAAACGAUUUGAGGAGACAUCCAAGAAUGAAGGGCCGCGCCGGACCGAUAUCCUGGAUCAACUGUUCGCAAUUCAACAGGAGAAAGGAGACAAGGUUGACUUCAAGCUCGGUGAUAUCGAGCAGGAAGCCUAUGUUGGUUUAUUUGCGGGUUCUGACACCACUGCCAUUGGUUUCCGCUCAAUCUUCUAUCACCUCAUGAAAAACCCGACCGUGUAUGCACAACUCAUGCAGGAAAUUGACACGGCCGCGGAAAAUGGACAGUUGAGCUCUCCUGUCAAGUAUUCGGAAGCAAUCAAGCUUCCGUUUCUGUGUGCCUGCAUCAAGGAAGCGCUGCGCGUGCAUCCGGGCGUGGCCUUGACCAUGGGUCGCAUUGUCCCUACCGAAGGUCUCGAGCUUUGCGGAGAAUACAUACCAGGAGGAUAUUGGGUUGGAAUGAAUGGGGCCGUUAUCCACUAUGACAAGACCAUCUUCGGAGCUGAUGCCGAUCAGUAUCGGCCGUCCCGAUGGUUCGAGGGGGAUGCGGCUAACAUGGACAAGUACAUGCUGCAUUUCGGGGCUGGAACGCGGACCUGCAUUGGAAAAAAUAUCUCGAUUACGGAGCUCCACAAGCUAGUGCCGUAUGUCCUGAGAUACUUCAAGCUCGAGAUGUGGGAAGCAGACAAGACAUGGACGACUAGGAACUUGUGGUUCAACAAGCAGGAGGGUCUCAUUGUGAGAGUGACAGCUCGCCCGGUGGCGGGCUAG